GUACUUUCUGCGCAAGUCUGGUUGACUUGUGAAUGUGAGCCCAACUGGAAAACACAACCACCCCCACAAUGCGAUCUCGGCAGAAAUGUUGCAAUAGCGCAGAUCAUCGCUGACGUUUUCGGUGACAUUAUUCUUAUCUUGGCCCCGUUUCGCCUCAUUUAUAAAGUCAGAUUGAUGAAGGCACAGAAAAUCCGGGUACUCGCCAUCUUUUCGACGUCAGCAAUCACCACCGUUGUUAGUCUUGCCCAUGCAUAUUAUGUCUUGUCUGAUGGAGGGCCAAGGGAGGCAGUGGCUGCUAUGGUAGAGAUUUCUGUGUCCUUGAUUGUCGCGAACUUAAGCGUGGUCGUGGCAUUCUUCUUGAGAAUGAGCGCAGAAGAUGACACAUCUAGUUCGCCAGCACCGUUGAAAUUUACGUCCAUCGUAACCUUUGGAUCACAGCCUAGGUAG